AACCAGGUGGCUCCAGUGAGUCAUUUUAAGACAGAGAUCAUCAGGUCACUGUCCUUGUACUAUUACACAUUUGUGGACAUACUGGACUUCAGGGAUCAUGUGUCUGAGGUUCUUACUACGAUGGAUGCACACCAAGUGCGCUUGGAUAUUGGAGCAAACUUUGACCUGACCAAGAACUAUCUGGAUCUGAUUGUAACAUUUGUAGCUAUCAUGAUAUUGGUGUCCAGAGUGGAAGACAGAAAGGCAAUAUUGGGUCUCUUUUAUGUUGCUCAUGAAAUGCAUCAGAAUGGUCAAGGGGACCCUUCUUUUCCCAGACUUGGUCAGAUGAUUCUGGACUAUGACCCACCAUUGAAAAAGCUGAGUGAAGAGUUUGUACCACAUGCAAAAAUGGUGACACUUGCCCUACUGUCAUUAAACGACAUAUACCACAGGAGGAGCAUGCAGGCUCACCAGUGGAGAUCUGCUCAAAUGCUCAGCCUCAUAGCUGAACCUGCUAAGAUCAUGAACACAGCACAGGAAGAUAUGAUGCCUUGUGAAUAUGUAUCAUUAGAUGUGAUGGAGAGAUGGAUUCAGCUUGGUUUCCUACUGUGUCACCAGCAGUUAGCUCACCAGGAUGCGCUGGAGUUGUGGAAACAGUCUCUGCAUGGUAGUUAUGUUGUCACACUGUUCAGGGACGAGGUGCUACAUAUCCACAGUUAUGCACAGAAUUACUUUGAAAACAUAAAAGGAUAUGGUAAAAGAGUAACUGAAGUCAAGGAUUGGUACAACCAGUGUUUACACCAGGCUCCAGCAAUUCACAAAGACAAGAGGAAAUUCCUGAGGUCUGCUCUGAAAGAACUGGCCCUUGUCUUCACAGAUCAGCCUGGACUGCUGGGACCAAAGGCCCUGUAUGUAUUUCAAGCACUUUCCUUUGCACGUGAUGAGAUCCUCUGGCUCCUGCGCCAUGUGGACAAUCCACCCCCCAAGAAGGGUGGGGUCAAGGUGGCACUGGAGGACUUUGUAGACAGACAAAUACCAGAAUUAUUAUUCCACAUGGAAGAGUUGAGAGCUUUGGUGAAGAAGUACAGUCAGGUGAUGCAGAGGUACUAUGUGCAGUUCCUGUCGGGAUAUGAUGCUGUUGUCCUUAAUGGCCUCAUACAGACCUUGUCAGUUUGUCCAGAAGAUGAGUCCAUGAUUUUGUCUUCAUUUUACAAUACUAUGACCAGCAUAUCUGUAAAACAAGUGGAAGAAAAUGAACUGUUUGACUUCAGGGGACUGAGACUUGACUGGUUUAGAUUACAGGCCUACACUAGUAUUGGGAAGGCAGGCUUCAACCUUUUAGAACACAGGAAUCUGGCCAGACAUAUGAAUACUGUCAUCUUCCAUUCCAAGAUGGUAGACUACUUAGAUGAGAUGCUGAUAGAAACAUCUGAUCUAUCCACUUAUUGUUUUCAUACCACCAUAUUUGAGCUCCAGUUCAAGCAAUGUAUGGAGCUGCCAGCCCAGCACAGGUUCAGCAUUGCCUUCCCCCUGGUCUGUGCUCACUUCAUGAAUGCUACACACGAACUUUGUCCAGAAGAG